UAGUGAAGCUUUAUCACGAAUUAUCGUCGUUGUUGGCGUUAGGAGGAUUUGGUCUCCACAAGUAUUGCUCGAAUGAUUCCGCAGUACUGCAGGCAAUACCAGAAAAUCUGCAAGAGAAAUUUGUUAGUUUCGUUGAUACUGGUAUCAAUAAUGCAAUAAGAACUCUGGGCCUCAUUUGGAAUCCGCUGGAGGAUUAUUUUACAUUCUUUGUCCAGCCGAUUGGUGAACAUGUAUCGUCGACUAAGCGAAUGGUCUUAUCGGAUAUCGGUCGCUUAUUUGACCCUCUGGGGUUCUUGGGACCAAUUCUAACAGCAGCCAAGUUGGUGAUGCAAGAUAUAUGGCGUCUUGGUAUGGAUUGGGACGAGGAUCUUCCGGAAGAGUUGCUGCAAAAAUGGUCUACGCUCAGAAAACAACUGCCUGUCGUUAACGAAAUGCAAAAGUAUCGCUGUUUGAUUCCCAAAAACGCUGUACGAGUAGAGCUGCAUGGAUUUUCGGACGCUUCGAUGCGGGCCUAUGGAGCGGUUCUGUAUACCAGAUGUAUUACUGCAGAUGGUUUGAUCAGUGUGAAUCUUGUUGCAAGCAAAUCUAGAGUGGCUCCACUAAAAUCUAUGACAAUCCCACGGCUGGAACUGUGUGCAGCAAAACUUUUGGCUGACUUGACAACGAAAGCGAUUGCUUCGAUGCAAAUUCAAUUUGACAACGUAACGUUAUGGUGUGAUAGCUCUAUCGUGCUAUGCUGGCUUAAAAAGUCGCCGUCGGCAUUAAAUCAAUUCGUAUCAAAUCGUGUUGCAUCAAUUGUGGAGUUGACACGGUGUUACCAUUGGAACUAUAUCCGAUCAGAAAGCAAUCCGGCCGACGUGAUCUCAAGAGGCGCAUUGCCCAUCGACUUAUUGAGCAACGAACUCUGGUGGAAAGAACUGAAGGCAGCAACAGUAUUUGCACUCAUUAUGGAGGGUACAUGCAUCAGAUUAGAUCGUUUAAGCGACUACCGUAAAUUGCAACGAGCGUGGGUAUAUGUCCUAAGAUUCAUCGAUUACAUAACACACAAGAGGCUUGUUGUUACAAGCAUCAAUGCUAGUGAAGUUGCAAACGCAGAACGGGCUAUUUUCCUAGUGAUGCAGAAGGAAGUGUUUGGUGAUUUAUUGAAGGAGCUGAAUGCUAAAUCAAACAAACGGCAUUGUUUUUCCAAUUUGGCUCCAUUCAUGGGACAGGAUGGACUAAUAAGAGUUGGCGGUCGGCUGAAAUAUUCCGCCAUCCCAUACGACGGAAGCACCAAGUACUAUUACCCGAAAGGCAGCUCGUCACGGUGGUGUUGGUCCGAAAACUACACGAAGAGAAUUUCCAUGUUGGACAAAGUGGAUUGCUAUCAAUAG